AUGAGUUCAUUAGAACAUGAGAACAAGCAUAUGAGUUACAACAACUCUCACAGUAUCGUGAGAAACAUGGUACAUACCUUUGGAAAGAAAGCCGAGAAUGUUGAUAACGAUGGCAGUGGCGUUAUUCAUUAUGAUUUUGCAUGUGUUGGCCGCAUAUUUUGCGCCAAUUUAAAAAUGUUACGUAACUCGCACGAACAAGCUGGUCUAUUGCUGUACAACACAUGCAAAUCUACCUUCCAAACAACAGCCUCACUUCAAACUAUUAACCUGCCAAACUCACCGAAACUAAGACUCGCUCUGAACGAAUGCAAAUGCGUCUUUCAAUUUGCAAGACGAGAUAAGGUUCUGCGUGAUCAAGUCUGCUCAUCAAUGCGGGCAUGCGUGCAGUUCAACUGGAAUGGAGCCUGUCAACAAGAAUGCACAUCAAAUAUUCAUUCAUGCCUCAUAAAAAGAAAAUUUUUAUGGCGCAAUAAUACAUUUGGCGGGUCGAAAUUCAUCAACGUCUGCAAUGCCAGUUCAUCUGAUGAAUGCUCCCCCAAAAGCCUCUGUAAGCCCAACGUGAGCAGGACUGUGAGCGGUUGUGCAUCAUUAUUUGAGGCUCUAUAUUCUUCUAUUUAUCUGCCAGCAUGGAAAAGUGUUCACGUGCCAGUGUAG